AUGAGUGACGUCCACGACGGGCCCCGCUGCAGAUACAACCCUUACGGGUCGCGGCCGAACCGGCGAGGCGAUGAUUGGCACGAUAGGGGCCGGGGCGGCGCCAGCAACAUCCAUGUCGCGGCGAGGCGCGACCAGCCCAUCCCGGAUCGGGGCGGCAAUGCCGGGCGUGAUGGCACCCGGAAGAACUGGUUCAAGAUCACGAUCCCGUACGGGAGGAAGUACGACCGGUCGUGGCUGCUGACCGCUAUCCAGAACGUGUGCACCGUCCCUUUCAACCCCGUGGAGUUCCAUUACGACCACAACCGGGCUCAGUUCUACGUAGAAGACGCCACUGCGGCCAGCGCUCUCAAACUGGUGUCCCGCAAGAUCACGGACAGAGAGAACUACAAGGUGGUGAUAAUCAUCAACUCGUCGGCCCCGCCCCAGUCUGUCCAGAACGAGUUGAAGCCAGAGGAGAUUGAACAUCUGAAGCUUUGCAUGAGCAAGAGGUAUGACCGUCUCCAGCAGGCCCUGGACCUCAAGGACCUCCGCACAGACUCUGACCUGGUGGCGCAGAACGUCGACAUGGUGCUGAAACGGUGCAGCUGCAUGCAGGCUGUGCUGCGCAUCAUUGAGGAGAACAUCAUCCCUGAGCUCCUGUCCCUGAACCUGAGUGGCAACAAGCUGUACCGGCUGGACGACCUGGCCGAGCUGGCGCAGAAAGCCACCAACAUCAAGAUCCUCAAUCUCUCCCGCAACGAGCUGAAGUCGGAGCGGGAGCUGGAUAAGGUGAAGGGGCUCAAGCUGGAGGAGCUGUGGCUGGACGGGAACCCGCUGUGCGACUGCUUCCGGGACCAGUCCACUUACAUCAGCGCUGUCCGGGAGCGGUUCCCCAAGCUGCUGCGCCUGGACGGGCACGAGCUGCCCCCUCCCAUCGCCUUCGAUGUGGAAGCCCCCACUACCCUCCCCCCCUGCAAGGGAAGCUACUUUGGCUCUGACAACGUGAAGGUGCUGGCCCUUCGCUUCCUGCAGCUGUACUACUCCAUUUACGACUCUGGCGACAGGCAAGGGCUGCUGGACGCCUACCACGACGGCGCCUGCUGCUCCCUCAGCAUCCCCUUCUUCCCGCAGAACCCCUCCAGGAGCACCCUGAGUGAGUACUUCAAGGACAGCCGCAAUGUGAAGAAGCUCAAGGAUCCCACCAUGCGCUUCAAGCUGCUCAAGCACACGCGCCUCAACGUGGUGGCUUUCCUCAACGAGCUGCCCAAGACCCAGCAUGACAUCAACUCCUUUGUGGUGGACGUCUGCGCCCAGACGAACACGCUGCUGUGCUUUGCUGUGCACGGGAUCUUCAAGGAGGUUGACGGCAAGUCCCGGGACUCGGUACGAGCCUUCACCCGCGUGUUCGUUGUUGUACCAGCCGGCAACUCGGGGCUGUGCAUCGUGAAUGACCAGUUGUUCGUGCGCAACGCCACGACGGAGGAGAUCCGGAAGGCUUUCGUCAUGCCGGCGCCUACGCCCUCGUCCAGCCCCGUGCCCACGCUCUCAGCCGAGCAGCAGGAGAUGCUGCAGGCCUUCUCCAUGCAGUCUGGCAUGAAUCUUGAGUGGUCACAGAAGUGCCUCCAGGACAACGACUGGGACUACAGCAGGGCAGCACAGGUCUUCACCCAGCUCAAGGUGACCCAGGGACCCCCAGUGGGCGUGGGCUGGGGGGGGAGGAGGGUGAGGGGAACCCCAAGGGGUGGCUGGGAGGGGACCCCCAGGGUCACCUCUGCUCUCAGCCAGUAGCCCCAGGGUUGGGUC